AACAGACAUACACUGGAAACAAACGGACGCAGAGCAUAAAAUCACUACAAAAUUUCUGCCUCCGGCAGAUUGAGAAUCUCCGGCCGUAUUAGGGUUUCUUGAGGCGAAUGACGUCGUCGGCGGAGAGCAGCGACGGAGACCACGACGUCGAGCUGAACGUGAUCGCUCGAGAGCCGUCGUCUUCAGCAUCGGAGGCUGAUGGUGGCCCCGCCGUCACGGAGGAGAUGUCUCCUCUGUUAACGCAGGCAGAGAAGCCCAAAAUCAACAUCUUCACUCUCUCCUAUCCCCGGAGAAAGCCUGGGGAGGAGGUAAUCAGAUCAUUUGAACCAGAGAUAUCGGCGGCAUCUCAGUUUAUUUUGUGGGUAUGGAGUGGAUCUAGAUACUCGGGUCUAAUGUGUAUGGCUAUCUCUUCUACCAUCUAUUUUACCAUGGAAGUUGUCACUGAUGUUUUUUCAGUUCAGCCCAUUCCUUUGUUUGAGGCUGCAUUUACAAGAUGUACAGUUAUAUUGGUAUUGUCGUAUAUGUGGUUGAGAAAGGUCGGACAGCCAUUAUCUGGGCUGGGAAACGUAAAAAAUCUUUUGAUUUCAAGAGCCUUUAUGGGAUAUCUCUCGUUGAUGAGUUUCAUCUUUUGCAUUCAAAGGUUAUCUUUAUCUCAGGCUAUUGUACUUAGCUUAACAACUCCAAUUAUAGCUUCAGUUGUGGCAAGAUUCAUUCUACAUGAGACUUAUAAAGUUGCAGAAGUUGGAGGUCUUGCGUGCAGUUUCUUUGGUGUGCUUUUCAUUUUUCAACAAUUGCUUACUACACAAGAUCAACAUGAUGAAGGAAAGAAUACAAGUGUCAGUGGAAGCGGCCAUAUAUAUGCAAUCUUAGCCGGUUCACUUUCAUCAAUAACCGGUGGAAUCAGCUACUGUCUUAUAAGGGCCGGAGCAAACGCAUGUGACCAGCCACUGUUGACAGUCUUUUCAUUUAGUUUGCUGGCUAGUCCUGCUGCAGGAAUUUGUCUUUUUUCCUUUGAGAAGUUUGUAUUCCCAAGUUUUUACUCAUUAUCACUUAUGCUCGUACUCGGCGUUCUGGCCUUUUUUGCGGAGGUAUUUUUAGCACGUGGGCUGCAGCUUGAGAAAACUAGCAAAGUUGCAAAUGUUCUAUACAUGGAGGCUGCACUGUCACAACUUUGGGUCAUUGGUUCUGCAAGGAUUGCACCAACUUUUGGUCGAAUUUUCGGUUGCCUGCUUAUUUUAAUUUCCGUUUUUUGCACCAUGUAUAUUGGACCUGAUAAAGAGGACUGAGAGAACAUAACUACUCUGAUUUGUAGAGAGGUAUGCUCCUCAUUUUGACACCCAUUCUUGGUUGUGACUUGUGCGCAACCUGUUCAUUUACAGAAAAAGAGGAAAUGUUAUACAAAGCAUUCGUAUUUUUGUCUCAA